AUGGAGGAGGAUUACGACUACAAGAUCAAUAAACAACCUCAGCAACGGCUUGGAUUCUGGCUGUUGCCAUUCAACAAAGCCGCCGCCGCCCUGGUCAGCUGCCACCCGUGGAACCUCGAGCGAUAUGCUUUUGAUAAAGACACUUCCGGUCUCUGGAUAGACUUUUCCAAUCUCGACAAGCAAGAGUACACUGUAGGGUGCAGUGACUCGGUCGAUAUCUACCUGCCACAAGUCUGGAACUCGACAGAUUCAUCAGGGAUAUCAGAACUUCACGCAUCCUUUCGAGCCGUCACAGACACGGGUUCCAUUCUUCUUUGCGACAAGUCCGAAUACUCUUCCACAGAGCCCUUUUCCCACGGCAGCCGUUCAUACGCCGUGAACUUUCGACCAAACGACGAACGAUCAGUCCUGGUGGCUCAAGGAAUCAACUCACUGGUGGCUUUUGGUCACGGCCGGUUCUAUCAGUUUGAGCUACGCUGGGAAAGUGACGGUCUCAACAGGUUUCGCAUGGAACCACCGGUGCUCUACGCUUUGGGUCCGAGCCGAGUCAAGACGAAGAGGUAUGUGCUAGGGGAGAAAGUAGGCGGCGGUACGUUUGGAAAAGUCUACCGCGCCUUGGACGUGACUACCGGGAGUAUCAUGGCCGUCAAAAAGUUCCAUCGUCUAUCCAGCAAGCAGCUUGACUUUGCCCCGAGGGAAAUCACAAAUUUGCUCAAGGUCAACAGCGAUAAAUCAACACGAUGUGACCACAUCAUCCAAAUCCUCGAUUACACCACCGGCUCCGACUGGGCCGAGAUCUUCCUCCCUCUCAAACAGGGAAACCUCAAAACCCUCGUGUCAAAAAUCCUCCCUCCCUCUUCCCAUUUUCAAGUCUCCAACAUCGUCCUCCACCAAAUGCUCCUCGCGCUCCAACACCUCGACACCCACAAAAUUAUCCACCGCGAUCUCAACCCCGAAAACAUCCUUUGGGAACACUCCCCUUCCACCGGUACCUAUCACUUCACCCUUGCGGACUUUGGUCUCUCCACCACCACAAACUCCAACUCCAACUCCAACAACCCCAAACGGCCCGAAAUAGCAGGCACAACACCCUUCAUGGCUCCCGAGAUGUACGCCCGCCACAAACACAAACAGAAACAGACAACAAAGGCCGACAUCUGGUCCCUCUUCGCUACGGUCGUGUGGGUGCGCGAUGCGAAAUUUCGAAAGGGGAGUAUAAGGAGGAUGGCGUGUUUUGAUCCGCGGAGGAGGCCGUCGGCAACGGAGCAGUUGGAGAUUUUGGAGAUGCAGGCUGUGAUGGAGGAGUUGGAGAAUUUGGAUGAGCUGGAUGAGCUAGAUAAGCAGGAGGAGUGGGAUGAGAUGGAGGCUAGGUUUUAUGGGAUGAGUCUCCGUUGGAAUAAUCAUGAGGGGAUAGGAUUCGAGGGCGGAGGGCUGGAUGAUGCGUAUGCCAUGGAGAUGCCGUAUUAUCGGCAGGAUGAAGCGUAUAUGACUGGGGCGAUAGAUAAUUAUGGCUGGAGUGAUGGGAGUAAUGCUUGGUCUAGUGAGGGUUAUGUGCGUCCCAUGGAAGUGCCACGGGAUCAGGAGGGAUGGACGCAAGAUUAUGACGGUCACGAUGGUCUGGCUAACGAUACAACGGACGAAGCCGACGCAGCCCUAGCGAAAUGGACGGCCUGGUACCUCGCAACAGACAGGCAAUUGUUGACAGAAGACAAGUAG